ACACCACUCAUUCCUUAUAUGCAUCCUUCUCUCUCCUUCCUUAUCUGCAUCCUCCUCCGCCCAAAUCCUCCCCACAAACUCACGACCUCACCUCCUCCACCCAAAAUUUCUCCCCACCCAAAAUUCCUCCUCACGACCUCACCUCCUCCCCACAACCUCACCACCCUCACGAGUCACGACCUCACCUCCUCCAUCCUCUCCCUCGCCGACACCCGUCGCCUCCGCCUCUCCGCCCUCCUCACCUCCCGCGCCCUCUACCACCUCCACUCCCUCUCCCUCCCUCAAAACACUUCCUCCCUUGCCAAACACUUCCUCUUCUCCCUCCACCACCUCACCUCCCACUUCUCACCUCCCCGCCGCCGCCGCCCGCCGCCUUCCACCACCUCGACGCCGACGCCGCCCUCCUCCUCCUCCUCCUCUGCCGUCAAAUCUAGCCAGUCGAGCCCGAACUUGUUCUCCGACGUGUCUUCGCCAGGGAGGUGGUGAACGAGGUGAACAAGCUCGGGGAGACGGCUCUCUUCACCGCGGCAGGGAAGGGCCACCUGUGAGGGAGCUGUUGAGAGAGGCUACUACUUCUUCUUCUUCUUCCUGGAUUUGGGAAUUUUUUUUGAUUCAAGAUGUGGGAAUGGAGAUGAAUCUGGACAGGAUUUUGGGGAAGUUUAAGUGGGUCUCGAUUGGGCCCGGUUAGUCGGAUAACCGCGGUUAAUUACCGUCGGUUACUCGGUCAACCGAUCCCUUCCUUUUCUUAUCCGACCACCGACUGUCUAGGAAACCAGUCGGUUUUCGGUUAGCUGGUAACCGACAGUUUCCGUUAAAAUCGGCGGUUACCCGCUAACUGCAAACCAAAAUGCCAGCCCUACAUGGCAUGCAUAUCAAAAUGAAGAAAAAACACCGAAGAGGAAAAACAAUGACACAUCUUUUCACUAUUGUUCCCACCUCCCCAACCCAACAUGGAGCGGGGCCACCUUAGAGACACAAAACUAUUUACUUUGAUGUAUAGUUUGGGCCAGGAUGUUAUAGAUCAAAAAAAUUGGUCACGAUGU